UCACAAGUAAAACACAACUGCCUCAAAUUUUAUAUUAUCCUCUAAUAGUAAAAAGAAAAAAAGAUGGAGAGCAAAAGAAUGGUGAUGUUUGUGACAAUGAUGAUAGUGAUGGUGAUGGGAAACCUUCUGAUUCAGACAGAAGCUGACUCUCCACCGGUACCUCAACCUGAUCCCUUUAAAACUUGUUACCCAGGUUGUGUUGUGACUUGUUUCGUUCAGAAGAAAUUUCCAAGUUUUUUGGUGUGUCCAUUUAAAUGUAUCAAGACUUGUCUUGAACCUCCUUCACAGAUGGAUUUAACAAACGAAAUCAAUCAUAAUGAGUAUUACUGCAAACUAGGUUGUUCUACUCAUCACUGUGCUUCCCUUUCCUCUAUCCAAAAUCCGAAUGUGGACAAAGUUGUGGACUGUGUGGAUUCAUGCUCGGACAAGUGCUCCAACAAGAACUAGAAGUGAUAUUAACUACUCUUUAUUGUAAUAAAGUACCGAUCUGAAUGAUAUGAACCAUUUAGAAUUUGUAUCAUUACGAUGAAUAUUUUUGUCACAAGCAAAUCGGUUAAUAAAACUAUUUCUCUAU